AUCCCACAUGGAAGUGAGAGAAACAAAGGACCUUCACUUCACCCUCUUUUCUCUUCUGAUCCUCCCACUCCUCCCACCACACCACACCACACCACCAUUUCUCUCUCCACAUAUUCUUCUUCUUCACAUAAAACCAUGCAUUAGAUUUCACUAAUUAAUCUUUUCAACUUCUUUUUAUUUUUUUCUCUCAAAGCCAAUCACCUGCUCUGAGUCUGACCACAUGGGUAGAUUACUCUGUAUCCCAUAUUCUCUAAUUUAACAAUUCCCAUCUUCAAUUCUGUCAUUUUUCCAGUACUAGUGUUGUGUUUCCCACCUUCCUCUCUCUCUCCUCUGUCUCUUGGUUGUCAUUUAUUUUCUUAUUUUGUGUUUUGAGCAACCAAACACAAACAUUUCUUCUUGGAUCUGCAAAUAUUCUUCUUACAUUUACAAAUUUUUCUGCAUUGAUAACAUUUGCGAAUUUAAAGGUUUUAUGAAUCAUAAGACAGAUUUUUGGGCGUUUCUUUGGAAACCCAGUUGAGUGUAUUGGUUUUGCUAAUCUGAGUAUUUCUUAUUUUCCUGAAAUUUGUACUUUGGAAGUAAUAUUUUUGAGUAGAAAAAUAACCCAGGUACUGGAAAAACCUGCAUUUGGUCAAUUUUUACAAUUUGGUAGGUGGGGAAGUACAGCUUUGCUUGUUUUUCAAAGAUUGAAACUUUCAUUUCUGCUGAUUUGCUAUUCUGGGUAUUCCAGAAUUUGGACGCAAUUCUUUGGACUUUAAAUUCUGUCAAUUGGGUGGGUAGUGAAGGGAUGUUUGCUAGGGUUUUAAUAUUGGUGGUUGAAGGUUGAAUCUUGGUGUUGGUGGAAAAAAAAUCUUAUCUUGAAGCUUAAAUUGGUUACUCAAAACACAUUUUCUAUGGUUCAAUUGCACAAAUUUGGCACUUUGCAGUAAUUUGUCCCCACUUCUGAAGUUCUGACAUUACUGUACUCAGAUUUGAAGAGGUGGGGUUUGGUUUUUACUGAAUUUUGAGGAAAUGGCAUGAAAUUUCUGUCAAAGAAAAGGGAAAAUUUAAUCUGGGGUUUCUAAGUUUGUCUUUGUGCUUGAUUUCAUUUAAGAAAAUAGUAGCAAUUUUUGGUGGGUGCCAUGGCUGCAAAACUAUUGCAUUCAUUGGCAGAUGAUAAUCCAGAUUUGCAGAAGCAAAUUGGAUGUAUGAAUGGAAUAUUCAAUAUCUUUGACCGCCAGCAUAUGAUUUCUGGUAGGCGCCCUAAUCAUAGGAGGCUUCUUCCUCCUCCUCCAGCUGAUUCCAAGAUCAGCGAUGGAGAUCUCGAUGCUGAUUCCAGUAAUGCCUACAGUCGUGAAACAUUGGAAAGAAAUCCAAACAAAUAUGUAAAUGAAAAACGAGCAUCCACCGAGUCAUCAAGAGCCUCUUUCUCCUCUUCUUCACGUUCGUCAUCAUUUUCCUCCCUUGAUUGUGGCAGAACAGGACAACCAGAGCCAUCUUCCAUGGAUCGAAUUAUUUUUCCCGAGACUCCUUCCAGGGACCCUGUUAUAAGCCAGACAAGUCCUAGUCCCAAGAUGGGCAGACUAUCUGUUGAUAUUCGAGAUGUGGUCAAAGAUUCAAUGUACAGAGACUCUCGAGGUCUAUCAGUUCAAACUACUGCUAAAGAGGAUGGACAAGGCCAUACAAUAAAAUAUAACGACUCCCCGAGACCUAUGCACUUGUCCAACUCAGUUGAUGGGUCAUUAGGAGUUGGGAUGAAAGGGAAUAACAUGGCAGAUAUCAAGGAGUCUUUAAGAGUUCUUGCUAAACUUCGUGAUGCUCGGUGGAACUAUAAUGAAAAAGAACUCCCAAUAUCAUCACACGAGUCAAAGGAAGGAUCUUCCUUUCCAAUGCCGAGGGAUGCACCUAGGUUCUCCUAUGACGGGAGAGAGCUAAAUCGCAAGAUUAAAGAUCUUCCAAGGCUUUCUCUGGACAGUAGAGAAACCUCGACGGCAAGGGGCUCCAUGAUUGAUUCAAAAUUAAGCAGUGACAGUUCUAAUGAAAGACAGACUUGUGUGCUGCAGCCACCAACUAAUCAGUCACGACCCUCUAGUGUAGUGGCUAAACUCAUGGGCCUUGAUAUAUUACCUGACACUAAACAUUCUAAUGAAAGUCAGCUUGGGCCAGUAAAAAUGUUCCUUGAAGAUAGUGGUCCCCCUUUAGCACCUUUGAGAGUUCCUGAUGUAUGCAGGCCAGUUCGACUUCCUAAAUCACCGAGGAGCACAAGGAAGGAGUCGACAUCACCGAGGUGGAAGAAUGCUGAUGCUGUCAUGAAACCAGUUUCUUGUUCAAAAUUUCCUAUUGAACCAGCACCAUGGAAGCAUAUGGAUGCCGGUCGAGCUUCUCCAAAGCAAGCUUCGAAACAGAUAAAAUCCUCACCUAGUACAUCGAGCACUUCCCCUUCUGUUUAUGGCGAAAUGGAGAAAAGAUUAAAGGAUAUAGAGUUCAAACAAUCUGGAAAGGACCUUAGAGCUUUAAAGCGGAUACUCGAAGCAAUGCAAACAAAGGGUCUUUUGGAGGCCGCAAAAGGUGAGCAGUCUUUGAAUGUGAGAGAUAAUAGAGACCAUGACCAUAGAAUUGGUUCUGAGAUGAGUGCUGGGAUGAUGAGGUCCAAUGACUUCCACACUGGUAGAGCUAUUGCUUCCAAACAAAGGGGCAGUGGCACAUCGAAAGCAUUUGAAUCCCCAAUUGUUAUUAUGAAGCCUGCUAAGCUUGUUCAGAAAUCUGGUAUUACUGCAUCCUCAAUCAUCCCAAUUGAUAGCUUGCCUGCUCUUGAAAGGCCCCAGAGCAGUGAAGGUUCAUCUUACAGAAAGAAUGUAGUUGGCAAAAUACCCAAGGAUCAGAAUAUGAAAGACAGUCGCAGAGACCAGGCUGUUACUUCUGAUAAGAGAACAAAUAAUAAAAACCUGAGAGUGUCUCCAAGUUCUUCAAGGUCGCCACAGAUAGCAAAGGAUAACACCACAAAUACAUCAAAAAGUUCCGGAUCCAUAAGCCCUAGAUUGCAACAGAAGAAGCUUGAGUUUGACAAGAGAUCUCGGCCUCCAACUCCGCCCGCUGAUUCAAGCAAAGUAAGAAGGCAACCUAAUAGGCCAUCAAGCGAAUCUGGUUCCCCAGGUGGGAGACGCCGACUAACGAAGAACAGUAGUGUGCAGCAGAAUGAUGACCAAUCAAGGGUAAAAUGUAGCGAGUCCACCAAUCUGUGUUUCCAAGAAGAAAAUGUAUCUGUGCACUCUGACACCGAUUUGACAUUGGAGUCAAGGAUGGAUACUGAAGGCGCCCGCAACAAUCUGGCUGUGGAUGUAGCCAUUGCUCAGACCUCGUCUGGGGAUAAGCAUUGGGUUUCUGAAGAAACAAAGAAAGAUGUGAGCUUGAGAUUAAAUGAAGAGAACACAACGAGGGAUCUUGCGAGUGCCCCUGAACAGCCAAGUCCUGUUUCUGUGCUAGACUCUUCUGCAUACAUGGAAGGCUCUCCUUCUCCUGUUAAACAGACUUCACAUGCCUUAACAGUUGCUGAAUCAACUGAUACUGGGGAAGAGUUGUGGAAUACUGCAGCUGACAUCUCUGUCGAGAGCACUAUUUUGGAGCUGCCUUCAGAGAUUAGUCGUCAGAAAUUACAGAGCAUUGACAACUUGGUUCAGAAGCUCAGACGAUUAAACUCAACUCAUGAUGAAGCCCAGACGGAUUACAUUGCAUCGCUGUGCGAGAACACUAAUCCAGACCACAGAUACAUAUCUGAAAUACUCUUGGCUUCAGGUCUCCUACUCAGGGAGCUUAGUUCAGGCUUGACAGCCUUCCAACUCCACCCAUCUGGUCAUCCCAUCAACCCAGAACUGUUUUAUGUGUUGGAACAGACAAAGGCAAGCAGUUUGCUUGCCAAAGGGGAGAACCUUGACGAGGUUUCCCUUUGCAAGUCCAAGCCCGAAAAGUUUCACCGCAAGCUCAUUUUUGAUGCCGUCAAUGAAAUUCUCACUGAAAAGUUGGCCAUGGUGGGCCCACCUGCUGAGCCUUGGUUGAAGCCUGCACAACUUGCUAAGAAGACCCUUAAUGCUCAGAAGCUUUUGAGAGAGUUGUGUUCAGAAAUAGAACUGCUUCAAGCGAAUAAGCAGGAUAUCAGCUCAGAGGAAGAGGAGGAUGGGGUGAAAAGCAUCUUGUGGGAGGAUGUGAUGCAUAGAUCAAAUAGUUGGAUUGAUUUUCGAGCUGAAUCUUCCAGCGUUGUCCUUGAUGUGGAACGAUCCAUCUUUAAAGAUUUGGUAGACGAGAUCGUCAUUGGCGAGGCAGCUCGCAUUAGACAGAAGCCUAACAGACGAUGCAGGCAGCUUUUUUCCAAGUAACACCACUUAAUCUCACCAUUUUUAUGCUUCUGUCUUGCUUUUUUUUGGGUAUAAGGCUCAAAAUAAGAAAGCCACGAAUAGGAACUAAAAUACGUGUUUCCAUUAACAAUUUUCAAGUUCUUCAGCGGAUUGUAUAGAGUAUCUAAUGUUGAUAAUUAUAUUACAGCACAAAGAAUUUUCAGAAUUAGUACAGAGGAGGGAACUAUUGUUUACUCUCUUUAUUUUCCA